GUAAAUAAAGCGGGAAUAAUUGGCGUUGUAUUUUUGUUUUGUUUUUGGCUAUAGUUCUCAAACUUCCAAUCAUUAUGCGCUCCACACUCCUAUCCAGUAGGUGGCGGGAAUGCACCAUUUAAGUUGGUUUGCCAACCGCCAUUAAAUUUAAAAGAAGAAGAAGAAGUCUCCCGGAAGUGGAACGACUCGCGCUCGUGCUGCAGCCUUGUGUUUCCUGUUUACGGGCGGGAAGAGUGAACCUGCGCCUCAGCCUGUCCUGCAUUACAGCUCAUUUUCAUCGCUGCGCGCCUCAGUGUUGUUGUUUUUACUCCUUUCAUUAACUCUCAUCGAACGCUUGGUGCGCUUUAAAGCGCUGAUGGCGGAGCCCGCGGACUCCGGCGGUGGAGCGGCAGCGGAGGGCCCCGCGGCGCGGGUGACGGAGGUCCGCUGCCCUGCGGGAGAGCGUCCGCUGCGGCUGCUCGAGUGGAAGGUGAAGCCCGGAGCUCUGGUCAACGUCGACUCCGUCAUCGCGGUUUGCGCGCCAAUCGCCGCCGAGAGCGAGUCCAGAGCGGCCGAGAGGAAGCUGAAGUCAGACCGCGCUGGAGCUGUGCGGGAGCUGUGCUGUCAGCUCGGACAGGUCAUCGCGCCCGGGAGUGUAAUAGCAAAAGUGGAAGAAUGCAGCCAUCCUGUUGUAAUGAAGGGCUUGUGUGCCGAAUGUGGCCAGGACUUAACUCAACUACAGAGCAAGAAUGGCAAGCAGCAGGCGCCCAUCUCUACGGCGACCGUUUCCAUGGUGCACAGUGUUCCCGAGCUGAUGGUCAGCUCUGAGCAAGCAGAGCAGCUUGGCCGAGAGGACCAGCAAAGACUUCACAGGAACAGGAAGUUAGUGCUGAUGGUGGAUCUGGACCAAACGCUGAUCCACACCACUGAACAGCACUGCCAGCGCAUGUCCAACAAGGGAAUCUUUCAUUUCCAGCUGGGACGGGGGGAGCCUAUGCUUCAUACACGACUGCGGCCUCACUGCAAAGACUUUCUAGAAAAGAUCGCCAAACUCUAUGAGCUGCACGUCUUCACCUUUGGCAGCCGUUUAUACGCUCACACCAUUGCAGGUUUUUUAGACCCUGAAAAGAAGCUCUUCUCUCAUCGCAUCAUGUCUAGAGAUGAAUGCAUUGACCCCUUCUCUAAGACAGGCAACCUCAGAAACUUGUUCCCCUGUGGAGACUCCAUGGUGUGCAUCAUAGACGAUAGAGAGGACGUGUGGAAGUUUGCUCCCAACCUCAUCACAGUGAAGAAAUAUAUCUACUUCCAGGGCACCGGUGACAUCAACGCCCCACCCGGUUCACGAGAGGCCCAGAUGGCCAGAAAAGGUAACCAGGCUGGGCGACCUGCAGAGAACCUGGAAUCGUCAGGACAGGAGGAACAGAGAAACGGCCUCAGGAUAUCCAGCAAGGACCGAAAAACUGGGCAUGAGGAGUCGUCCCCCUCUGCCACCACCACUCAGGGAGCACCAGCCAAUGAGAGGACUCACCCCGCAGGGGAACGGCCCAAUGACAGCACCGAUUUAACUGACAAGUGUAAUGUGAAAGCGGAGGGGGAGGGCAGCUCAGGUGAGACUGACACCCCAAAUGCUGCUGCUGAUGCCGCUGCCAACGACCUGGAUUUUGACCUUUCGAGCGACAGCGAAAGCGAGGGUAAAACAGGAUUAUCUGACAGCGAUGGCGAAGGACGGCCGGUGGAUGCUGGGAAAGCCAAACAAAGCCAAACAAAAACCGAGGAGUGUAAAAGCAAAGAGGAUGGUGAGGAAGGGGACAAACAGAGGACAGAGGGGGACGAUGUUCCAGAAACAGAUCCCGAGGGUCUCGGUGAUUUGGGCAACGGCUGUUCUGACAAGAAAGAAGUGGAAACAGAGUCUCAAAACAGCGAGCAGUCAGGCGUCACAAUGGGUGAGGAGUCUUUAGAUCACAGUAUGGACGAUGAGGAAGAGGAAGACAUGGACCAGGACGACCACCUCAUUUACUUGGAGGAGGUUUUGGUUCGCAUCCACAGUGAGUAUUACUCACGCUACGAGGCCUUCCUCACGAAAGAGAGUCCAGAGAGUCCGGACAUACGGAAGAUCAUUCCCGAACUGAAGGGCCACGCGCUGGCGGGCACCACCAUCAUCUUCAGUGGCUUGUAUCCCACCAACUACUCAAUGGAGCGCACGAGGGAGUGGUACCACACCAAGGCGCUGGGUGCCAAGCUUGGCAAGACCCUGGUGCUCAAUGCCAAAGACCCAAACCUCACCACCCACCUUAUUGCUGCACGUGCAGGUACCGAGAAAGUUCGUCAAGCUCAGGGCUGUAAACAUCUCCAUGUGGUGAAUCCUGAUUGGUUGUGGGCCUGUUUGGAGCGCUGGGAGCGAGUCGAGGAGCGACUCUUUCCGCUGAAUGAGGACUAUAACAAAUCACACAGGAGCAAUAGUCCCGCCAUGUUUCCAGACAUCCCCGGGUCCGUCCCAAAGCCUCUGUUCCAGGGCCCUCCUGUUCAGCAGAAGCCCCUGUCAGCGCUGGAAAUGCGGACAUAUGACCCCGUCACUGGCAAACUGAUCCGCCGGGGUCCCCAGGCCUCCCGUCCACCCUCUUAUCUGCACUCGCAUGGAUCGUCCAUGUCAGCCAAGGGAGAUCUGUCCAGCCGCAGGUCAGCUCAGGGGUCUCAGCAGACGGAUGAGGCUGCAGGAUCGAGUCCUGACGAUGAGCAGCCUGGACCUUCCCGCAGGAAACGCCAGCCCAGCAUGUCUGAAACCAUGCCGCUCUACACACUCUGCAAAGAAGACCUGGACAGCAUGGACAAAGAGGUGGAUGACAUCCUCGGGGAAGAGCGGCCCCACACAAGCAAGCAGAAGGCCCCAGCAUCAGACCACACCCCGCCACUGGCCACUGUUGUUGAGGAAGCAGCCCAAACAUCGACCAGAGAAGAAGUCUGUGUAACAGGGAAUGUGCCAAGGGGCCACAAAAGGAAACUGGAGGAGGCCAGAGAAGAUAACGCCGAUAAUGAUGAUGAUGAUGGCUGCUCCAGUAAAGACUCCAAUGAGGAUGAGGAGGGCAGCAGCUCGGAGGCUGAUGAGAUGGCUGCUGCGCUGGAGGCGGAGCUAAAUGAUUUCAUGUGAGCUGAUUGGAUGACGAUGCAUAUGAACUAUUCUGUGUUCUCAUAAGGUACCUGAGACAAAACAUGCGUUUGUGUCGCUGUUAUACAGCGCAAGUAAGUGUGUGCGUGUGUGUGUGUGAAUAAAACGAAUGGAUUUACAAAGUAGAUAGAUAUGUACAGAUAGAGUUUUAGUUGGACAAGUCCAACACAGUCAUUUUAUUGUGAAUUUACUUACAGUACGUAGAGGUGUGGGUGAAGUAUAGCUUCUGUGUCUGAUGUUUUACUUAGUUUCUGUUCCAAAAUAAAUUUUUAUAUAAAUGAAAUGAAAUAUUUCAACUAAUUGGUAAUGAAUGCCAAAGAGUCUGAAGCGGGUCUGCAGCUGAGAGCUGAGAGAUGUUUGGAAGGGUUUGUGGUCCUCACCAGCAGUCAAACUCAGACGUCCAAAUGUGUCCAGUGUCGUCUCUUUCCUUUGGUUUCGUACGUCGUUUCGUGACUGACACUGUGCUGCACCAAUCCCAGAAUACCAGCACCUUUAGACACGCCCACAGCCACUAUUACCAAAAAACUCACAACUGCUACACCACGUGAAGAACUGCUGAGAACAUGAAAUGUAAAAUCAGUUCAUCGGUAAUAAGCGUGCAACAAAAGAUCUUAUUUACACCGUUAUGGUUCGCGACUGAUUUGUUACGAUUGUUUGCAUAUUAAAGGAGUAGUUCACAACAAUUGCUUUUAUAGUUCUGUCAUCAUUUACUCACCCUUGUGUCGUUACAAAGCAAGAAACACAAAAUGAGAUAUUAGGCAGAAUGUCUGAGCUGCUUGUUUCAUACAGUGUUAAUGCCACAGUCCAAAAUGAGCACCUUACAUAUCCUUUACAAAUCCAUAAUUUACAUCUUCUGAAGCCAUAAGAUAGCUUUAUGUGAAGAAAAUACAGGAAAGUCUUUGUCCUCUUAAAAGUUUAACAUCAUGAAAUUUGGUCACAAAUGGAUAUCAGUGCACCAUUUUAAUAGUCCAUAUGGCUUUUCAGAUCGUAGAUAAAACAGCUGCUCAGACGUUCUGCGCCUUUUUUCAUUUUUUACAAAAGAAAGGAGACACUUUGGAACAGCAUGAGCGAGAGUAAAUGAUGACGGACUUGUCAUGUUUGAGUGAACUGUUCCUGUAACUACCUGCAAAUUGAUGCUUCUGAUCUUAAUGCUCCUAAGAUGACAUUGAAAUGCCACUUUUUACUCUGUGAUGUCAGCGUACCGAUAUCUUCAUUUGGCUUCAGGUGCUGAUAGUGAACACUGUGGCAGCGUUAAACCGGGUGUUUGGUUGGCUCUCGUGCCACCCUGAACCAUCACUGUACACACUGAUCAGAUCUGGACAUGUAGGCAUCAAGACUACCCGUCUAAGACCAGUCUCAUGAAUUCACUGGAUCUAGCUGGUUUUCUUCUGCCGAGCUGCUUGAACGAUGAGACGUCCAGAUCUAACUCAGUUUCAAAUGUUUCUCAGAGGUUUGUGCACCUCAUCUGUCUGUGUUGUUUUUGACUGAUUUGACGGAUUUUCUUUCACUUUCAUUGUGGUGUUGUUAUUUUCAACAAUGUAAAGUAUUUGUAUAAUCUAUUUCGUACUUGACAAAGAAAAUGCUUUUCAUUUAAUA